AUGCCGAAAAAAAUAUUAAGUUUUCAAGUUCGAGAUGUAUCUCCAUUUUUCCAGUAUUUGCGCGAACUUCUUUUAGGGAGAUUCCAUGUAAAACAUAAUAGGUUCCCUGGAUUAUGUGCACCGAGGACUAUUCCCAAACACGAAUGUCCCCGAGGACCUGAGCUGAGGUUAUCAAACCAGUACUACUACAAGAGGCAUGUAAAGGAUUCGGUCCUGCCGCCCAUGGUAGCUCCAGUUGCUGAAGGCACUGUGAGACCCGCAAAACCUGGUGAGCCUGAGAAACCUGGAAUGAAACCUGAUUCUGUCAGUUUUUUCUGCGCACCGACUCCUGGGCCGCCGUGGUGGUGGGACGGACAUUGCUACUACGAGAUGGUCCCUGAUCCUCCUACGUACCAGUUUAAUUUCAUGCCGUGUCCGGAGCCUCCACCGCCGCCCCCUAAGUCAACCUCCCCACCAAGCAAUCCAUCCUGUCCUCCUCCAGUCCCUAAGGAACAGUUUCCAUCAUCUUGUCCCAAAGCACCUGAUACCCACGCAUGUAAAACUAAAUGA